AUGUGGUUCAAGUCAUUAUUCUCAUCCCUUGCCCUUGUGCAAGUAUUUGCUACUCUCGCCAGUGCCACUGAUGGUGAUUUAGACAACAGAGGGGCUAUCCACGAAAGUACAGGUUGUUGGAUCAGUUCUAGUUACACCUCUGAAGGGUUCUACGCCAGAUUUUAUAACUAUACCUUCGAUCAAGCUUAUGACGAAGCUUUCGUCGAAUAUGGUUAUGCUGACUACGGUAAAUUGAUCGCUACUGCUGAAAACGUCAAAGAUAUUGACAUUCUUUACCCAACUACCCCAGCAGGUGUUUUAUACGGGGACAUUUACGGGGACAACCUCACCAUUUCCAACUUCACCUUGAUUCUUACUGGUUACUUCUACGCUAAGGAAACUGGUUACUAUAACUUUGACUUCCACACCACUGAUGAUGCUGUUGUUUUGUAUUUCGCCUCUGAUGCCGCCUUUGAUUGUUGUAACAGUAAAACUCUUUCUACUCAUGCCAACUUCAGUGAUUCCGUCAUUUACACUACUGGUUCUAUUGCUAGUGAUGGUCUCGAUUAUGAUGCUUCUAGACAAACUUACCUUGAAGGUGGUUACUACUACCCUACUAGAAUCGAUUACAUUAACAUCGUCCAUUACGCUAACUUGCAAUUGACUGUGACUUAUCCAAAUGGUGAAAAAGUUACUACUUUCGGUGAUUCUGUUUAUCAAUUUGAUGAAGAAGAUUCUACUUGUGUUACUGUUACUCCUCUGGCCCCAGCUAGGUGCACUCGUUCUACUAUUCACUCCACUUUUGUUGCUUCUACUUCAAAGAGUGCUGCUGCUUCUCCAUCUAGUGGCUCCUCUUCAUCCAGUGUUGCUGUUGCUUCUACUUCCUCUACCUCCGCUACUGUCGCCGCUGAAGCGUCUACUUCUUCUUCUGCAGCUGUCGUCGUUGAAUCCUCUGCUGCCACUGCCAUUGCCACCGAAGCCUCUUCUUCUUCUUCUUCUUCUUCUUCUGCAGCUGUUGUAGUUGAAUCCUCUGCUGCCUCUUCCUCUGCUGCCACUGCCAUUGCCACCGAAGCCUCUUCUUCUUCUUCUUCUUCUGCAGCUGUCGUCGUUGAAUCCUCUGCUUCCUCUUCCUCUGCUACUGUUGCUGCUGAAGCUUCUACCUCUUCCUCCACCACCUCCUCCGCUACUGUUGCCAUUGAAACUUCUGCUUCUGCAAGCUCCACUGCCUCCGUUCAAAGUUACGAAGGUGCUGCUUCCAGAGUCAACAGUCUUUCUGCCUCUAUCUUGGCUUUCUUCAUUUCUUGUGUUUUCUUAUUCUAA